AUGCAAGACAGGAGACAUUCACCCCCUUUUAAAAUAAUAAUAUCCCUCUACAUCCCUCGCGCUUAUCGUCACGCGCUUAUCGCCCCUUGUUUUCGCUCCGUCCGCUUUUCAACAUCCCACCAUAUCGAGGUCAACUUUGCGCUCUUUCUCAUAUUUGUCUUCGUCGCUAUCUCAUCGGAUUCUGUACGUUGUUAUCCUCUCCGCUCCGCUCCGAACCCUUCACGAUGCUCCUCGCCAUUCCUCUAUUCCUGA